CCUUUGACCUUUAACCCUGCCUCGGCAAGUACGCCAUUUUGUUUUGAUAUCGUUUCACACAAAAAUUUAAAGCUUACCAUAAUUUCAACGUCUGUGAUUUCAACACAUGUACGUCAAGAAUCAUCUCGAUUAGGUACAACUUACACGAUCAGUAGCCACCGGUAGCGUUGUGACUAUAUCAUGGACCUCUACAGUCCUGAGAGUGUCUUCCACCCAGUGAGGCCCAUAUAAUGGGGCGGCGGGGAUUUUUUCACGUUUUAUUAGGAAUGGACCAGCCGAACAGUGAAUCUGUUGAUGAUGACGUUUCUACCGGACAUCACGUGAACGAGACUUGCGAUCGUCAUGAACAAAAUGACACAGAGCGGCAACGGGACAAUGACUUUCUUCGCAGCAAAACUUGCGAUGUAGACUAUGGCGAGCCUGGCGAUGGAGCUACAUCACAACAACAUGCACAGGUCUGUUCAGAAAAAGAGACUCUUUCGGGAAAAUCCAGUACGAAGACUCGAUAUGUCUGUACGGACUGUGGGUAUAGGACUGCUUAUAGGUCACAUCUGUCCAGACACCUCAGAAAACAUACCGGUGAAAAACAGUACAAGUGUGACAGGUGUGACUAUUCUGCAACGCAGAAGUGCAACAUAGACCGACACAUCAUGGUCAAACACACGGAUGAGAAACCGUACAUUUGUGUGGAGUGUGGAUACAGUACAGCUAACAAGUCGAACCUAACGCAACAUAUGAUAAAACACACAGGGGAGACCCCUUACAUGUGUAUAGAAUGCGAUUCUGGAGCGGUUUCUAAGUCUCACCUAUCAGUGCAUAUGAGAAAACACACCGGUGAGAAACCUUACAAAUGUCACCUGUGUGAGUAUACUGCAGCACAAAAAGGCCAUAUAGACCAACACGUUAUGAUAAAACACACCAGUGAGAAACCCUACAUGUGUAAGGAGUGUAUAUACAAAACGGCUAAAAAGGCUGACUUAUCCCGACAUAUGAGGAAGCAUAUACGUGAGAGGGCGUACAGAUGUGAAAAGUGUGACUACACCACUGCUCACAAAUAUCAAUUAGACGAGCACAUAAUGAUAAGACAUACUGAUAUUUAAACCCUUUAUGUAUGGGCAAUAUUGUCGAGAGCAUAAUUAUCUGAAUGUUGUGAUGACUUAGAGGGCAUGAGUAUGUGUACCAUUGUACAAAUGUGUUCCUAUACAGCACAUCUGCAAUUUGUUAUUAGUGAAUGGAGACCUUAGACUGAAGACAUUAGUGAAUAGAGCAUAGACUGUAGAGUUAUAUAGUCUUGAGCAGGCAGCCAUAGAAAGUACACGUCUCUACAUUAUAACGCAAUGCAGACAUAGGACAGAUAAUUGGUGUGAUAAAUCUGUCCUGCCAUUUAGAAAAUAGCUUAUUCGUUUGGAAACGUCACCCAUACAAAAGUAGCAUGCAAGUCAAAGCUGUUUUAAAAAUCUAAACAAAAUUAAUGACGAAUAUUCACGAAAUGAAAUAGUAUUCGGAUAAUGCUUUAUACUAUAAAUCUGUUUAUUUCCUGAAUACCUGCUCUCCUGCCAUUAGAAUUACAAACAUGAAGAUGGCAUAUAUUAAGACACUCUUAAAUGCAAUUCAAUUCAAUUCAAUGUUUGUUAUCAGUAUUUCAUUCAAAUAUAUCCC